ACUAUGUAUUCAUCUACACAACAAUAACUCAAUAACAAAAAAAUUAAACUCACCUUCUUCUUCUUUUUUGAUAACCUUGGGUGAUACAUUCGUCUCUCUAACAACAUAUUUUGAUUAGGGGGGAAAAUGCCCACUAAAGAUCAGAAAGUUUCGACUUGGUUCUUUGUUCCGGCUGUGUUGGCCGUCUUGUCCAUAAUCUCGUAUCGGAUCAUUCUUGUGCCUGGAGAUGUAGAGGGCAGCAAAAAUAUAUUGGCAGCGGCUAAGACCAUUCCAGUUCCUGUUGUUGGACCAGAGAGCAUUGAAUUUGAUCCGCAAGGAGAAGGUCCUUAUGCCGCCGUCGUGGAUGGCCGUAUUCUCAAGUGGCGCGGCGAUGAUCUCGGCUGGGUUGAUUUUGCCUACACAUCUCCUCACAGAGGGAACUGCUCAAGAAAUGACGUGGUGCCUAGUUGUGGAAGGCCAUUGGGACUAACUUUUGAGAAGAAAACGGGAGAUUUGUACAUCUGCGAUGGUUACUUGGGGCUCAUGAAGGUUGGACCAAAGGGAGGCUUGGCUGAGUUACUUGUUGAUGAAGUUGAAGGCCGUAAAAUUAUGUUUGCCAACCAAGGGGACAUGGACGAAGAGGAAGAUGCCUUCUACUUCAAUGACAGUAGCGACAAGUAUCAUUUCAGGGACGUAUUUAUGGAAGGUGUCAGUAUGGACCCGUCAGGAAGAGUGAUCAGAUACGAUAAGAAGACGAGAGAGGCCAAAGUUGUCAUGGACAAUCUGCGAUGUAAUAACGGUUUGGCUCUAAACAAAGAUCGGUCUUUCCUAAUCACAUGCGAGUCCGGCACGAGUCUUGUCCACAGAUACUGGAUCAAAGGUCCCAAAGCCGGUACUCGUGACAUCUUUUCGAAGGUCCCGGGUUACCCAGACAACAUCCGGCUGACACCGACGGGAGACUUUUGGAUUGGUAUACACUGCAAGAGAAGCCUGUUAGGUCGAUUUAUUGUGAAGAAUCAGUGGUUUGGGAAAUUAGUUGAAAAGACAGUAAAAAUGGAGUACGUGAUAGCUUUCCUUAACGGAUUUAAGCCGCAUGGGGUCGCCGUGAAAAUAUCCGGUGAGACCGGAGAGGUUCUUGAAGUACUUGAAGACAAAGAAGGAAAGACAAUGAAGUAUGUAAGUGAGGUUUAUGAGAGAGAUGAUGGAAAGUUAUGGUUUGGGUCUGUUUAUUGGCCAGCCAUUUGGGUUUUUGAUCGCAAAUGAGUGACCGAUCAUGUUUUAUCGACCUUUUAAGUGUUUUGAAUAUUUAUAGGGAAGAUAAUGGGCCAACAUUUGCUAACUACACGCUUACAUACUGUAAUUUGAUUUUAAGAUGAUUUGCUUCACCAA